GGAGAUAUCAAGGUAGAUAACUCGUUUGGCGUUCCCAUCUUACCAGCGCAUGUUUGAUGCUUUCAAAAUGUUAUUCUACUCAUUUUUCAAGUCACUUGUGGGCAAGGAUGUUGUGGUGGAGCUGAAAAAUGACCUCAGCAUUUGUGGUACUCUUCAUUCUGUGGAUCAGUUCCUCAACAUCAAACUGACAGACAUCAGUGUAACAGAUCCAGACAAGUAUCCACACAUGCUUUCUGUAAAGACAUGCUUCAUCAGAGGAUCUGUAGUGCGCUAUGUGCAGCUGCCUGCUGAUGAAUGCGACACACAGCUUCUGCAAGAUGCAGCACGUAAAGAAGCUGCACAAAACAAACAACGGUGAUAUCAGCUGUAAAGAAUUAUGGUUUAUACCCUUGGGAAGACUCUGCGUGACUGCAGAGAAUUAUGGUUUACCUUGUUGGAAAGAGACUGCGAGCGACUUCACACUCCUUUUACAUACACUAGAUGCUUAGAAAAUUUACACAUUUUUGUGGAAUAUUACUACAGGUUCAAAAAAACACCUUAAAAUAAUUGGGUUCUGAAACUAGUGAUUCAGUUUAUUUUAUUGAAACAUUGUCAUUUUGUAGAAUAAACUACUAAGAUUUUGUUGAAAGAAAACAGAACAUUCUAAAAGAGAUUCAUUGCAGUAUUGUCAGCAUGACUGGAAGAUAAUGAAAACAUCUUUGUAAAGAUACUUUUCUGGCAGGUUACAAAAUGGCCACUAUAAUUAUUUUGACUGCAAGGAUGUUUUUAAUACUGAUACAUCACAAAAGAAACUGGAUGAGUGGUACUAGCAAUAGAGCUGUACAGCUGAUUUUACAGUAACUUGGCUUUAGUUGUACUUGGUGAAAUGACUGAGAGUCUGCUCACAUAUAUGUACUGGACAUUUGUAAAGAUAUUCAGGUGUCCUAAAUUUGCUUUAUUAAUGCUUGACUAAAAGUUAAUCACCCGACUUAAAUUUCAUGAAAAUGCAUCAUGUAUUUCUUGCUUGCUUUCUUCUUGUUGCAAAAACUCUUAGCUUUGCAGGCUAAAAUAUUUGGCCUGUUAAAACAACAUUUGUCUCAUAUCCUUAGGUAUCACUAUCAACAGCAGUCUCAUUUAUAUUUCUUCGUUCACAUUUCAUGAAAUUAACACACUUGGAUCUUUUAUUUCUCUCUUUGUUUUUUACAUGAAGUGUAGAUAGGUAGGUUAUGGAUAACAUGGCAGUGCUUAUUUAACAAUCCUGCUGUUGUUUUUGCAAUGGAAAAAUAUUGAUAAAAUUCUCAACUGAACAACCUAUCUUUUCACCUACUAAAAUUUACUUUUGUAAUGAUAAUUCCCAUUAUCAACUAAAAAGGCAAAAAAGCCAAAAAGUACAUCAUGUUAAGAAAUAUUAUUCUUUUAAUUAUGUGAAAUCAUUGAAAUAAAAGCUUGGCAGCAUGA